AUGCCCUCGUCUCCUGCAAGCACGCACGCAGGGCAGGUGUGUGAGGCAUUGAGUAUGGGGCAGUGCAGGCAUGGGGCAGUGCAGGCAUGGGGCAGUGCAGGCAUGGGGCAGUGCAGGCAUGGGGCAGUGCAGGCAUGGGGCAGUGCAGGCAUGGGGCAGUGCAGGCAUGGGGCAGUGCAGGCAUGGGGCAGUGCAGGCAUGGGGCAGUGCAGGCAUGGGGCAGUGCAGGCAUGGGGCAGUGCAGGCAUGGGGCAGUGCAGGCAUGGGGCAGUGCAGGCAUGGGGCAGUGCAGGCAUGGGGCAGUGCAGGCAUGGGGCAGUGCAGGCAUGGGGCAGUGCAGGCAUGGGGCAGUGCAGGCAUGGGGCAGUGCAGGCAUGGGGCAUUGAGGCAUGGGGCAUGGAAAGCCUCAACACUGAUCGCGAUGGCCCCCUACCGCCCCUCGCAACUCCGUGUCCCUUUCCCCUCGCACUGCAACCCUCCCCCUCUCGUCUGCCAGCCGCUCACCUUCUCCCCCUCUCGUCUGCCAGCCCUGCUCACCUUCUCCCCCUCUCGUCUGCCAGCCGCUCACCUUCUCCCCCUAUCGUCUGCCAGCCCUGCUCACCUUCUCCCCCUCUCGUCUGCCAGCCCUGCUCACCUUCUCCGCCUCUCGUCUGCCAGCCGCUCACCUUCUCCCCCUCUCGUCUGCCAGCCCUGCUCACCUUCUCCCCCUCUCGUCUGCCAGCCGCCGCUCACCUUCUCCCCCUCUCGUCUGCCAGCCGCUCACCUUCUCCCCCUCUCGUCUGCCAGCCGCUCACCUUCUCCCCCUCUCGUCUGCCAGCCGCUCAACUUCUACCCCUCUCGUCUGCCAGCCCUGCUCACCUUCUCCCCCUCUCGUCUGCCAGCCGCUCACCUUCUCCCCCUAUCGUCUGCCAGCCCUGCUCACCUUCUCCCCCUCUCGUCUGCCAGCCGCUCACCUUCUCCCCCUCUCGUCUGCCAGCCCUGCUCACCUUCUCCCCCUCUCGUCUGCCAGCGCUGCUCACCUUCUCCCCCUCUCGUCUGCCAGCCCUGCUCACCUUCUCCCCCUCUCGUCUGCCAGCCCUGCUCACCUUCUCCCCAUCUCGUCUGCCAGCCCUGCUCACCUUCUCCCCCUCUCGUCUGCCAGCCCUGCUCACCUUCUCCCCCUCUCGUCUGCCAGCCCUGCUCACCUUCUCCCCCUCUCGUCUGCCAGCCCUGCUCAACUUCUCCCCCUCUCGUCUGCCAGCCGCUCACCUUCUCCCCCUCUCGUCUGCCAGCCCUGCUCACCUUCUCCCCCUCUCGUCUGCCAGCGCUGCUCGCCUUCUCCCCCUCUCGUCUGCCAGCCCUGCUCACCUUCUCCCCCUCUCGUCUGCCAGCCCUGCUCACCUUCCCCCCCCGCACACCUUCCGCCCCUCUUGUCUGCCAGCCGCUCACCUUCUCCCCCUCUCGUCUGCCAGCCGCUCACCUUCUCCCCCUCUCGUCUGCCAGCCGCUCACCUUCUCCCCCUCUCGUCUGCCAGCCCUGCUCACCUUCUCCACCUCUCGUCUGCCAGCCGCUCACCUUCUCCCCCUCUCGUCUGCCAGCCCUGCUCACCUUCUCCCCCUCUCGUCUGCCAGCCGCCGCUCACCUUCUCCCCCUCUCGUCUGCCAGCCGCUCACCUUCUCCCCCUCUCGUCUGCCAGCCGCUCACCUUCUCCCCCUCUCGUCUGCCAGCCGCUCAACUUCUACCCCUCUCGUCUGCCAGCCCUGCUCACCUUCUCCCCCUCUCCUCUGCCAGCCGCUCACCUUCUCCCCCUAUCGUCUGCCAGCCCUGCUCACAUUCACCCCCUCUCGUCUGCCAGCCCUACUCACCUUCUCCCCCUCUCGUCUGCCAGCCCUGCUCACCUUCUCCCCCUCUCGUCUGCCAGCCCUCCUCACCUUCUCCCCCUCUCGUCUGCCAGCCCUGCUCACCUUCUCCCCCUCUCGUCUGCCAGCCCUGCUCACCUUCUCCCCCUCUCGUCUGCCAGCCCUGCUCACCUUCUCCCCCUCUCGUCUGCCAGCCCUGCUCAACUUCUCCCCCUCUCGUCUGCCAGCCGCUCACCUUCUCCCCCUCUCGUCUGCCAGCCCUGCUCACCUUCUCCCCCUCUCGUCUGCCAGCGCUGCUCGCCUUCUCCCCCUCUCGUCUGCCAGCCCUGCUCACCUUCUCCCCCUCUCGUCUGCCAGCCCUGCUCACCUUCCCCCCGUCUCGUCUGCCAGCCGCUCACCUUCUCCCCCUCUCGUCUGCCAGCCGCUCACCUUCUCCCCCUCUCGUCUGCCAGCCCUGCUCACCUUCUCCCCCUCUCGUCUGCCAGCCGCACACCUUCCGCCCCUCUUGUCUGCCAGCCGCUCACCUUCUCCCCCUAUCGUCUGCCAGCCGCUCACCUUCUCCCCCUCUCGUAUGCCAGCCGCUCACCUUCUCCCCCUCUCGUCUGCCAGCCCUGCUCACCUUCUCCACCUCUCGUCUGCCAGCCGCUCACCUUCUCCCCCUCUCGUCUGCCAGCCCUGCUCACCUUCUCCCCCUCUCGUCUGCCAGCCGCCGCUCACCUUCUCCCCCUCUCGUCUGCCAGCGCUGCUCACCUUCUCCCCCUCUCGUCUGCCAGCCGCUCACCUUCUCCCCCUCUCGUCUGCCAGCCGCUCAACUUCUACCCCUCUCGUCUGCCAGCCCUGCUCACCUUCUCCCCCUCUCGUCUGCCAGCCGCUCACCUUCUCCCCCUAUUGUCUGCCAGCCCUGCUCACCUUCUCCCCCUCUCGUCUGCCAGCCCUGCUCACCUUCUCCCCCUCUCGUCUGCCAGCCGCUCACCUUCCCCCCCUCUCAUCUGCCAGCCCUCCUCACCUUCUCCCCCUCUCGUCUGCCAGCGCUGCUCACCUUCUCCCCCUCUCGUCUGCCAGCCCUGCUCACCUUCUCCCCCUCUCGUCUGCCAGCCCUGCUCACCUUCUCCCCCUCUCCUCUGCCAGCCGCCGCUCACCUUCUCCCCCUCUCGUCUGCCAGCCGCUCACCUUCUCCCCCUCUCGUCUGCCAGCCGCUCACCUUCUCCCCCUCUCGUCUGCCAGCCGCUCAACUUCUACCCCUCUCGUCUGCCAGCCCUGCUCACCUUCUCCCCCUCUCGUCUGCCAGCCGCUCACCUUCUCCCCCUAUCGUCUGCCAGCCCUGCUCACCUUCUCCCCCUCUCGUCUGCCAGCCCUGCUCACCUUCUCCCCCUCUCGUCUGCCAGCCGCUCACCUUCUCCCCCUCUCGUCUGCCAGCCCUGCUCACCUUCUCCCCCUCUCGUCUGCCAGCGCUGCUCACCUUCUCCCCCUCUCGUCUGCCAGCCCUGCUCACCUUCUCCCCCUCUCGUCUGCCAGCCCUGCUCACCUUCUCCCCCUCUCGUCUGCCAGCCCUGCUCACUUUCUCCCCCUCUCGUCUGCCAGUGCUGGUCACCUUCUCCCCCUCUCGUCUGCCAGCCCUGCUCACCUUCUCCCCCUCUCGUCUGCCAGCCCUGCUCACCUUCUCCCCUUCUCGUCUGCCAGCCGCUCACCUUCUCCCCCUCUCGUCUGCCAGCUCUGCUCACCUUCUCCCCCUCUCGUCUGCCAGCGCUGCUCACCUUCUCCCCCUCUCGUCUGCCAGCCCUGCUCACCUUCUCCCCCUCUCGUCUGCCAGCCCUGCUCACCUUCCCCCCGUCUCGUCUGCCAGCCGCUCACCUUCUCCCUCUCUCGUCUGCCAGCCGCUCACCUUCUCCCCCUCUCGUCUGCCAGCCCUGCUCACAAUCUCCCCCUCUCGUCUGCCAGCCGCUCACCUUCUCCCCCUCUCGUCUGCCAGCCGCUCACCUUCUCCCCCUCUCGUCUGCCAGCCGCCGCUCACCUUCUCCCCCUCUCGUCUGCCAGCCGCUCACCUUCUCCCCCUCUCGUCUGCCAGCCCUGCUCACCUUCUCCCCCUCUCGUCUGCCAGCCGCCGCUCACCUUCUCCCCCUCUCGUCUGCCAGCCGCUCACCUUCUCCCCCUCUCGUCUGCCAGCCGCUCACCUUCUCCCCCUCUCGUCUGCCAGCCGCUCAACUUCUACCCCUCUCGUCUGCCAGCCCUGCUCACCUUCUCCCCCUCUCGUCUGCCAGCCGCUCACCUUCCCCUAUCGUCUGCCAGCCCUGCUCACCUUCUCCCCCUCUCGUCUGCCAGCCCUGCUCACAAUCUCCCCCUCUCGUCUGCCAGCCCUGCUCACCUUCUCCCCCUCUCGUCUGCCAGCCCUGCUCACCUUCCCCCCCUCUCGUCUGCCAGCCCUGCUCACCUUCUCCCCCUCUCGUCUGCCAGCCCUGCUCACCUUCUCCCCCUCUCGUCUGCCAGCCGCUCACCUUCUCCCCCUCUCGUCUGCCAGCCCUGCUCACCUUCUCCCCCUCUCGUCUGCCAGCGCUGCUCGCCUUCUCCCCCUCUCGUCUGCCAGCCCUGCUCACCUUCUCCCCCUCUCGUCUGCCAGCCCAGCUCACCUUCCCCCCGUCUCGUCUGCCAGCCGCUCACCUUCUCCCCCUCUCGUCUGCCAGCCGCUCACCUUCUCCCCCUCUCGUCUGCCAGCCCUGCUCACCUUCUCCCCCUCUCGUCUGCCAGCCGCACACCUUCCGCCCCUCUUAUCUGCCAGCCGCUCACCUUCUCCCCCUAUCGUCUGCCAGCCGCUCACCUUCUCCCCCUCUCGUCUGCCAGCCGCUCAUCUUCUCCCCCUCUCGUCUGCCAGCCCUGCUCACCUUCUCCACCUCUCGUCUGCCAGCCGCUCACCUUCUCCCCCUCUCGUCUGCCAGCCCUGCUCACCUUCUCCCCCUCUCGUCUGCCUGCCGCCGCUCACCUUCUCCCCCUCUCGUCUGCCAGCCGCUCACCUUCUCCCCCUCUCGUCUGCCAGCCGCUCACCUUCUCCCCCUCUCGUCUGCCAGCCGCUCAACUUCUACCCCUCUCGUCUGCCAGCCCUGCUCACCUUCUCCCCCUCUCGUCUCCCAGCCGCUCACCUUCUCCCCCUAUCGUCUGCCAGCCCUGCUCACCUUCUCCCCCUCUCGUCUGCCAGCCCUGCUCACCUUCUCCCCCUCUCGUCUGCCAGCCGCUCACCUUCUCCCCCUCUCGUCUGCCAGCCCUGCUCACCUUCUCCCCCUCUCGUCUGCCAGCGCUGCUCGCCUUCUCCCCCUCUCGUCUGCCAGCCCUGUUCACCUUCUCCCCCGUCUCGUCUGCCAGCCGCUCACCUUCUCCCCCUCUCGUCUGCCAGCCGCUCACCUUCUCCCCCUCUCGUCUGCCAGCCCUGCUCACAAUCUCCCCCUCUCGUCUGCCAGCCGCUCACCUUCUCCCCCUCUCGUCUGCCAGCCGCUCACCUUCUCCCCCUCUCGUCUGCCAGCCGCCGCUCACCUUCUCCCCCUCUCGUCUGCCAGCCGCUCACCUUCUCCCCCUCUCGUCUGCCAGCCCUGCUCACCUUCUCCCCCUCUCGUCUGCCAGCCGCUCACCUUCUCCCCCUCUCGUCUGCCAGCCCUGCUCACCUUCUCCCCCUCUCGUCUGCCAGCGCUGCUCACCUUCUCCCCCUCUCGUCUGCCAGCCCUGCUCACCUUCUCCCCCUCUCGUCUGCCAGCCCUGCUCACCUUCUCCCCCUCUCGUCUGCCAGCGCUGCUCACCUUCUCCCCCUCUCGUCUGCCAGCCCUGCUCACCUUCUCCCCCUCUCGUCUGCCAGCCCUGCUCACCUUCUCCCCCUCUCGUCUGCCAGCCCUGCUCACCUUCUCCCCCUCUCGUCUGCCAGCCGCUCACCUUCUCCCCCUCUCGUCUGCCAGCCCUGCUCACCUUCUCCCCCUCUCGUCUGCCAGCGCUGCUCACCUUCUCCCCCUCUCGUCUGCCAGCCCUGCUCACCUUCUCCCCCUCUCGUCUGCCAGCCCUGCUCACCUUCCCCCCCUCUCGUCUGCCAGCCGCUCACCUUCUCCCCCUCUCGUCUGCCAGCCGCUCACCUUCUCCCCCUCUCGUCUGCCAGCCCUGCUCACCUUCUCCCCCUCUCGUCUGCCAGCCGCUCGCCUUCUCCCCCUCUCGUCUGCCAGCCCUGCUCACCUUCUCCCCCUCUCGUCUGCCAGCCGCCGCUCACCUUCUCCCCCUCUCGUCUGCCAGCCGCUCACCUUCUCCCCCUCUUGUCUGCCAGCCGCUCACCUUCUCCCCCUCUCGUCUGCCAGCCGCUCAACUUCUACCCCUCUCGUCUGCCAGCCCUGCUCACCUUCUCCCCCUCUCGUCUGCCAGCCGCUCACCUUCUCCCCCUAUCGUCUGCCAGCCCUGCUCACCUUCUCCCCCUCUCGUCUGCCAGCCCUGCUCACCUUCUCCCCCUCUCGUCUGCCAGCCCUGCUCACCUUCUCCCCCUCUCGUCUGCCAGCCGCUCACCUUCUCCCCCUCUCGUCUGCCAGCGCUGCUCACCUUCUCCCCCUCUCGUCUGCCAGCCCUGCUCACCUUCUCCCCCUCUCGUCUGCCAGCCCUGCUCACCUUCUCCCCCUCUCGUCUGCCAGCGCUGGUCACCUUAUCCCCCUCUCGUCUGCCAGCCCUGCUCACCUUCUCCCCCUCUCGUCUGCCAGCCCUGCUCACCUUCUCCCCCUCUCGUCUGCCAGCCCUGCUCACCUUCUCCCCCUCUCGUCUUCCAGCCGCUCACCUUCUCCCCCUCUCGUCUGCCAGCCCUGCUCACCUUCUCCCCCUCUCGUCUGCUAGCGCUGCUCACCUUCUUCCCCUCUCGUCUGCCAGCCACUCACCUUCUCCCCCUCUCGUCUGCCAGCCGCCGCUCACCUUCUCCCCCUCUCGUCUGCCAGCCGCACACCUUCCGCCCCUCUUGUCUGCCAGCCACUCACCUUCUCCCUCUCUCGUCUGCCAGCCGCUCACCUUCUCCCCCUCUCGUCUGCCAGCCCUGCUCACCUUCUCCCCCUCUCGUCUGCCAGCCCUGCUCACCUUCUCCCCCUCUCGUCUGCCAGCCGCUCACCUUCUCCCCCUAUCGUCUGCCAGCCCUGCUCACCUUCUCCCCCUCUCGUCUGCCAGCCCUGCUCACCUUCUCCCCCUCUCGUCUGCCAGCCGCUCACCUUCUCCCCCUCUCGUCUGCCAGCCCUGCUCACCUUCUCCCCCUCUCGUCUGCCAGCCGCUCACCUUCUCCCCCUCUCGUCUGCCAGCCCUGCUCACCUUCUCCCCCUCUCGUCUGCCAGCGCUGCUCACCUUCUCCCCCUCUCGUCUGCCAGCCCUGCUCACCUUCUCCCCCUCUCGUCUGCCAGCCCUGCUCACCUUCUCCCCCUCUCGUCUGCCAGCGCUGCUCACCUUCUCCCCCUCUCGUCUGCCAGCCCUGCUCACCUUCUCCCCCUCUCGUCUGCCAGCCCUGCUCACCUUCUCCCCCUCUCGUCUGCCAGCCCUGCUCACCUUCUCCCCCUCUCGUCUGCCAGCCGCUCACCUUCUCCCCCUCUCGUCUGCCAGCCCUGCUCACCUUCUCCCCCUCUCGUCUGCCAGCGCUGCUCACCUUCUCCCCCUCUCGUCUGCCAGCCCUGCUCACCUUCUCCCCCUCUCGUCUGCCAGCCCUGCUCACCUUCCCCCCCUCUCGUCUGCCAGCCGCUCACCUUCUCCCCCUCUCGUCUGCCAGCCGCUCACCUUCUCCCCCUCUCGUCUGCCAGCCCUGCUCACCUUCUCCCCCUCUCGUCUGCCAGCCGCUCGCCUUCUCCCCCUCUCGUCUGCCAGCCCUGCUCACCUUCUCCCCCUCUCGUCUGCCAGCCGCCGCUCACCUUCUCCCCCUCUCGUCUGCCAGCCGCUCACCUUCUCCCCCUCUUGUCUGCCAGCCGCUCACCUUCUCCCCCUCUCGUCUGCCAGCCGCUCAACUUCUACCCCUCUCGUCUGCCAGCCCUGCUCACCUUCUCCCCCUCUCGUCUGCCAGCCGCUCACCUUCUCCCCCUAUCGUCUGCCAGCCCUGCUCACCUUCUCCCCCUCUCGUCUGCCAGCCCUGCUCACCUUCUCCCCCUCUCGUCUGCCAGCCCUGCUCACCUUCUCCCCCUCUCGUCUGCCAGCCGCUCACCUUCUCCCCCUCUCGUCUGCCAGCGCUGCUCACCUUCUCCCCCUCUCGUCUGCCAGCCCUGCUCACCUUCUCCCCCUCUCGUCUGCCAGCCCUGCUCACCUUCUCCCCCUCUCGUCUGCCAGCGCUGCCCUGCUCACCUUCUCCCCCUCUCGUCUGCCAGCCCUGCUCACCUUCUCCCCCUCUCGUCUUCCAGCCGCUCACCUUCUCCCCCUCUCGUCUGCCAGCCCUGCUCACCUUCUCCCCCUCUCGUCUGCUAGCGCUGCUCACCUUCUCCCACUCUCGUCUGCCAGCCACUCACCUUCUCCCCCUCUCGUCUGCCAGCCGCCGCUCACCUUCUCCCCCUCUCGUCUGCCAGCCGCACACCUUCCGCCCCUCUUGUCUGCCAGCCACUCACCUUCUCCCUCUCUCGUCUGCCAGCCGCUCACCUUCUCCCCCUCUCGUCUGCCAGCCCUGCUCACCUUCUCCCCCUCUCGUCUGCCAGCCCUGCUCACCUUCUCCCCCUCUCGUCUGCCAGCCGCUCACCUUCUCCCCCUCUCGUCUGCCAGCCCUGCUCACCUUCUCCCCCUCUCGUCUGCCAGCGCUGCUCACCUUCUCCCCCUCUCGUCUGCCAGCCCUGCUCACCUUCUCCCCCUCUCGUCUGCCAGCGCUGCUCACCUUCUCCCCCUCUCGUCUGCCAGCCACUCACCUUCUCCCCCUCUCGUCUGCCAGCCGCCGCUCACCUUCUCCCCCUCUCGUCUGCCAGCCGCACACCUUCCGCCCCUCUUGUCUGCCAGCCACUCACCUUCUCCCCCUCUCGUCUGCCAGCCGCUCACCUUCUCCCCCUCUCGUCUGCCAGCCCUGCUCACCUUCUCCCCCUCUCGUCUGCCAGCCCUGCUCACCUUCUCCCCCUCUCGUCUGCCAGCCCUGCUCACCUUCUCCCCCUAUCGUCUGCCAACCCUGCUCACCUUCUCCCCCUCUCGUCUGCCAGCCCUGCUCACCUUCUCCCCCUCUCGUCUGCCAGCCGCUCACCUUCUCCCCCUCUCGUCUGCCAGCCCUGCUCACCUUCUCCCCCUCUCGUCUGCCAGCGCUGCUCACCUUCUCCCCCUCUCGUCUGCCAGCCCUGCUCACCUUCUCCCCCUCUCGUCUGCCAGCCGCUCACCUUCUCCCCCUCUCGUCUGCCAGCCGCUCAACUUCUACCCCUCUCGUCUGCCAGCCCUGCUCACCUUCUCCCCCUCUCGUCUGCCAGCCGCUCACCUUCUCCCCCUAUCGUCUGCCAGCCCUGCUCACCUUCUCCCCCUCUCGUCUGCCAGCCCUGCUCACCUUCUCCCCCUCUCGUCUGCCAGCCGCUCACCUUCUCCCCCUCUCGUCUGCCAGCCCUGCUCACCUUCUCCCCCUCUCGUCUGCCAGCGCUGCUCACCUUCUCCCCCUCUCGUCUGCCAGCCCUGCUCACCUUCUCCCCCUCUCGUCUGCCAGCCGCUCACCUUCUCCCCCUCUCGUCUGCCAGCCCUGCUCACCUUCUCCCCCUCUCGUCUGCCAGCCCUGCUCACCUUCUCCCCCUCUCGUCUGCCAGCCCUGCUCACCUUCUCCCCCUAUCGUCUGCCAGCCCUGCUCACCUUCUCCCCCUCUCGUCUGCCAGCCGCUCACCUUCUCCCCCUCUCGUCUGCCAGCCGCUCAACUUCUACCCCUCUCGUCUGCCAGCCCUGCUCACCUUCUCCCCCUCUCCCCUGCUCACCUUCUCCCCUCUCGUCUGCCAGCCCUGCUCACCUUCUCCCCCUCUCGUCUGCCAGCCCUGCUCACCUUCUCCCCCUCUCGUCUGCCAGCCCUGCUCACCUUCUCCCCCUCUCGUCUGCCAGCCCUGCUCACGUUCUCCCCCUCUCGUCUGCCAGCCCUGCUCACCUUCUCCCCCUCUCGUCUGCCAGCGCUGCUCACCUUCUCCCCCUCUCGUCUGCCAGCCCUGCUCACCUUCUCCCCCUCUCGUCUGCCAGCCCUGCUCACCUUCCCCCCCUCUCGUCUGCCAGCCGCUCACCUUCUCCCCCUCUCGUCUGCCAGCCGCUCACCUUCUCCCCCUCUCGUCUGCCAGCCCUGCUCACCUUCUCCACCUCUCGUCUGCCAGCCCUGCUCACCUUCUCCCCCUCUCGUCUGCCAGCCCUGCUCACCUUCUCCCCCUCUCGUCUGCCAGCCCUGCUCACCUUCUCCCCCUCUCGUCUGCCAGCCCUGCUCACCUUCUCCCCCUCUCGUCUGCCAGCCCUGCUCACGUUCUCCCCCUCUCGUCUGCCAGCCCUGCUCACCUUCUCCCCCUCUCGUCUGCCAGCCCUGCUCACCUUCUCCCCCUCUCGUCUGCCAGCCCUGCUCACCUUCUCCCCCUCUCGUCUGCCAGCCGCUCACCUUCUCCCCCUCUCGUCUGCCAGCCGCUCACCUUCUCCCCCUCUCGUCUGCCAGCCCUGCUCACCUUCUCCCCCUCUCCUCUGCCAGCCGCCGCUCACCUUCUCCCCCUCUCGUCUGCCAGCCGCUCACCUUCUCCCCCUCUUGUCUGCCAGCCGCUCACCUUCUCCCCCUCUCGUCUGCCAGCAGCUCAACUUCUACCCCUCUCGUCUGCCAGCCCUGCUCACCUUCUCCCCCUCUCGUCUGCCAGCCGCUCAACUUCAACCCCUCUCGUCUGCCAGCCCUGCUCACCUUCUCCCCCUCUCGUCUGCCAGCCCUGCUCACCUUCUCCCCCUCUCGUCUGCCAGCCCUGCUCGCCUUCUCCCCCUCUCGUCUGCCAGCCGCUCACCUUCUCCCCCUCUCGUCUGCCAGCCCUGCUCACCAUCUCCCCCUCUCGUCUGCCAGCGCUGCUCACCUUCUCCCCCUCUCGUCUGCCAGCCCUGCUCACCAUCUCCCCCUCUCGUCUGCCAGCGCUGCUCACCUUCUCCCCCUCUCGUCUGCCAGCCGCUCACCUUCUCCCCCUCUCGUCUGUCAGCCCUGCUCACCUUCUCCCUCUCUCGUCUGCCAGCCCUGCUCACCUUCUCCCCCUCUCGUCUGCCAGCCGCUCACCUUCUCCCCCUCUCGUCUGCCAGCCCUGCUCACCUUCUCCCCCUCUCGUCUGCCAGCGCUGCUCACCUUCUCCCCCUCUCGUCUGCCAGCCCUGCUCACCUUCCCCCCCUCUCGUCUGCCAGCCGCUCACCUUCUCCCCCUCUCGUCUGCCAGCCGCUCACCUUCUCCCCCUCUCGUCUGCCAGCCCUGCUCACCUUCUCCACCUCUCGUCUGCCAGCCGCUCACCUUCUCCCCCUCUCGUCUGCCAGCCCUGCUCACCUUCUCCCCCUCUCGUCUGCCAGCCCUGCUCACCUUCUCCCCCUCUCGUCUGCCAGCCCUGCUCACCUUCUCCCCCUCUCGUCUGCCAGCCCUGCUCACCUUCUCCCCCUCUCGUCUGCCAGCCCUGCUCACCUUCUCCCCCUCUCGUCUGCCAGCCCUGCUCACCUUCUCCCCCUCUCGUCUGCCAGCGCUGCUCACCUUCUCCCCCUCUCGUCUGCCAGCCCUGCUCACCUUCUCCCCCUCUCGUCUGCCAGCCCUGCUCACCAUCUCCCCCUCUCGUCUGCCAGCGCUGCUCACCUUCUCCCCCUCUCGUCUGCCAGCCGCUCACCUUCUCCCCCUCUCGUCUGCCAGCCCUGCUCACCUUCUCCCCCUCUCGUCUGCCAGCCCUGCUCACCUUCUCCCCCUCUCGUCUGCCAGCCGCUCACCUUCUCCCCCUCUCGUCUGCCAGCCCUGCUCACCUUCUCCACCUCUUGUCUGCCAGCCGCUCACCUUCUCCCCCUCUCGUCUGCCAGCCCUGCUCACCUUCUCCCCCUCUCCUCUGCCAGCCGCCGCUCACCUUCUCCCCCUCUCGUCUGCCAGCCGCUCACCUUCUCCCCCUCUUGUCUGCCAGCCGCUCACCUUCUCCCCCUCUCGUCUGCCAGCAGCUCAACUUCUACCCCUCUCGUCUGCCAGCCCUGCUCACCUUCUCCCCCUCUCGUCUGCCAGCCGCUCAACUUCUACCCCUCUCGUCUGCCAGCCCUGCUCACCUUCUCCCCCUCUCGUCUGCCAGCCCUGCUCACCUUCUCCCCCUCUCGUCUGCCAGCCCUGCUCACCUUCUCCCCCUCUCGUCUGCCAGCCGCUCACCUUCUCCCCCUCUCGUCUGCCAGCCCUGCUCACCAUCUCCCCCUCUCGUCUGCCAGCGCUGCUCACCUUCUCCCCCUCUCGUCUGCCAGCCCUGCUCACCUUCUCCCCCUCUCGUCUGCCAGCCCUGCUCACCUUCUCCCCCUCUCGUCUGCCAGCCGCUCACCUUCUCCCCCUCUCGUCUGCCAGCCCUGCUCACCAUCUCCCCCUCUCGUCUGCCAGCGCUGCUCACCUUCUCCCCCUCUCGUCUGCCAGCCCUGCUCACCUUCUCCCCCUCUCGUCUGCCAGCCCUGCUCACCUUCUCCCCCUCUCGUCUGCCAGCCCUGCUCACCUUCUCCCCCUCUCGUCUUCCAGCCGCUCAACUUCUACCCCUCUCGUCUGCCAGCCCUGCUCACCUUCUCCCCCUCUCGUCUGCCAGCCCUGCUCACCUUCUCCCCCUCUCGUCUGCCAGCCCUGCUCACCUUCUCCCCCUCUCGUCUGCCAGCCGCUCACCUUCUCCCCCUCUCGUCUGCCAGCCCUGCUCACCAUCUCCCCCUCUCGUCUGCCAGCGCUGCUCACCUUCUCCCCCUCUCGUCUGCCAGCCCUGCUCACCUUCUCCCCCUAAGUCUGCCAGCCCUGCUCACCUUCUCCCCCUCUCGUCUGCCAGCCGCUCACCUUCUCCCCCUCUCGUCUGCCAGCCCUGCUCACCAUCUCCCCCUCUCGUCUGCCAGCGCUGCUCACCUUCUCCCCCUCUCGUCUGCCAGCCCUGCUCACCCUCUCCCCCUCUCGUCUGCCAGCCCUGCUCACCUUCCCCCCGUCUCGUCUGCCAGCCGCUCACCUUCUCCCCCUGUCGUCUGCCAGCCGCUCACCUUCUCCCCCUCUCGUCUGCCAGCCCUGCUCACCUUCUCCCCCUCUCGUCUGCCAGCCGCUCACCUUCUCCCCCUCUCGUCUGCCAGCCGCCACUCACCUUCUCCCCCUCUCGUCUGCCAGCCGCUCACCUUCUCCCCCUCUCGUCUGCCAGCCCUGCUCACCUUCUCCCCCUCUCGUCUGCCAGCCGCUCACCUUCUCCCCCUCUCGUCUGCCAGCCACUCACCUUCUCCCCCUCUCGUCUGCCAGCCGCCGCUCACCUUCUCCCCCUCUCGUCUGCCAGCCGCACACCUUCCGCCCCUCUUGUCUGCCAGCCGCUCACCUUCUCCCCCUAUCGUCUGCCAGCCGCUCACCUUCUCCCCCUCUCGUCUGCCAGCCCUGCUCACCUUCUCCCCCUGCUCACCUUCUCCCCCUGCUCACCUUCUCCCCCUGCUCACCUUCUCCCCCCGCUCACCUUCUCCACCCGCUCACCUUCUCCCCCCGCUCACCUUCUCCCCCUGCUCACCUUCUCCCCCCGCUCACCUUCUCCCCCUGCUCACCUUCUCCCCCCGCUCACCUUCUCCCCCGCUCACCUUCUCCCCCCGCUCACCUUCUCCCCCCGCUCACCUUCUCCCCCCGCUCAACUUCUCUCCCCGCGCACCUUCUCCCCCUGCUCACCUUCUCCCCCGCUGUGAAGUACGUGCGCAGACCCAGCGCGCUGUACGUGGCCUGCACCAGCCCCGCCCCCCCGCUCUGCUGCACGCCCAGCGCUGCCAGGUACUCCGCGCGGUCCGCCUCGCCCAGCUCACACAGCUCCGCCUCCACCUACCAUGCCAUGGCCCCGUGCCCCCAUCGCCAAGGUGA